CUGCUAAACCUUCAUCAAUUCAAUUAUCUCAUCAACUCGGAUAAAUGCCAACAAAAUGUAUUUGUAGUGGCCUUCGUUCACAGCUCUGCGGACCACUGGCAACAGCGAAAUCAGAUCCGAACAACUUGGGGUGGAUACAAAGGCUCGAGAGUGCAAAACUUUAGAACUCUUUUCAUGUUAGGGAAACCAACGAACAGAGCUUUACAACCAGUUAUUGAGCGGGAGGCUAAGAAGUAUAAUGAUAUGGUGCAAGGCGAUUUUGAUGACUCUUACAAAAACCUUACAUACAAACAUAUUAUGAGCCAUUCAUGGAUCAUUGAAAAUUGCCCAGAUGUGAGGUAUAUUUUGAAGGUGGACGACGAUAUAGUGGUGAAUGUUUACAAUAUGAUGAAAUACCUAAACACUCAUAAAAAGCCAAUGAAAAACUUUCUGUACUGUAACGCUUUAUGGUAUGAAGGUCCUCAUAGGAAUAAUCAAAGUAAAUGGUCAAUGACAAAAUCCGAAUAUCCGUUUACGAAAUACCCUCAAUUUUGUGAAGGGUUUGCUUACAUUACAACCCCAGACGUCAGUGCAAAGUUAGUCAAAGUUUCUGAGGAUGCUAAAUUUUAUUGGAUAGACGACGUUUUUGUCACUGGAGUUUUA